AGGAAGAAGAGAGAGACAAAAGAUCAAGCCAUGAUGAAGAAAUUCAAAGAGGGUCUGUGCCUUGUGCUCAAGAUGAUGGAGUGGUUUUCUCCAGUAUUAGAGUAACACACAAAGAAGGAGCAGCUGCAGCAGCAGAUGCAGAGAAUGAAUCAGUUUGGUUAACAGGGACUCCGGGAGACAAGAUACCACCUUUUACCUCUGCAGCCUGGGGGGAGGACGGAGAAAUAAAGGGACUGGAUUAAAGCACAAGGCUCCCACCCAGCUCCCUGUCUAUGACUCAUGGAGUAUAGCCAGUGAUCAAGCUGUGAGGGGCCUCGAUCACACACUGGGACUCCAGGCCUGGCCUUCUGCUCCGACCCUGCAGCUGGAGGUGUUGAUGGGAGUAUGAGUGUGGGAAGAAUCAACCGCUACAGCAUUGUGUCAUCUGAAGAAGAGGGCCUCCGGCUCACUACCAUGCAUGGCAUGAACGGCUUUGGCAAUGGCAAGAUCCACACACGCCGCAAGUGCCGCAACCGCUUUGUCAAAAAGAAUGGCCAGUGCAAUGUGCAAUUUUCCAAUAUGGACGACAAGUCGCAGCGCUACAUGGCCGACAUCUUCACCACCUGUGUUGAUAUUCGCUGGAGAUGGAUGCUGGUAGUCUUCACUCUUGUGUUUGUUGUCUCCUGGCUAGUGUUUGGCUUAGCCUUUUGGGUCAUUGCUUUGUUGCACGGAGAUCUGGAUAACCCAGCCGGAGACGACAACUUCACUCCAUGUGUCCUACAGGUCAAUGGAUUUGUGGCAGCCUUUCUAUUCUCCAUUGAAACACAGUCUACCAUAGGUUAUGGCUACCGCUGCGUGACCGAAGAGUGCCCAGUGGCUGUCUUUAUGGUAGUCUUCCAGUCAAUAGUGGGCUGCAUCAUUGACUGCUUUAUGAUUGGCGCCAUCAUGGCUAAGAUGGCAAGACCCAAGAAGCGAGCACAAACUCUGCUCUUUAGCCACAAUGCCGUCAUUGCCAUGCGGGAUGGAAAGCUGUGCCUCAUGUGGAGAGUAGGGAACCUUCGCAAGAGCCACAUUGUAGAAGCCCAUGUCAGGGCACAGCUCAUCAAACCUCGGAUCACUGAUGAGGGGGAAUAUAUUCCUCUAGACCAGAUAGACAUUAACGUUGGCUUUGAUAAAGGCCUGGACAGGAUUUUCUUGGUUUCACCCAUAACAAUUCUCCAUGAGAUAGAUGAGGAGAGUCCCCUUUUUGGGAUCAGCAAACAGGACUUGGAGACAGCUGACUUUGAGAUUGUCGUCAUCUUGGAGGGGAUGGUUGAAGCAACUGCCAUGACUACACAGGCUCGCAGUUCCUACCUGGCCUCUGAGAUCCUUUGGGGUCACCGCUUUGAACCAGUCUUGUUUGAGGAGAAAAACCUGUACAAGGUGGAUUACUCUCACUUUCACAAAACCUACGAGGUGCCGUCCACCCCCCGCUGCAGUGCCAAGGACAUGGUGGAGAACAAGUUCCUAGUACCCAGUUCUAACUCCUUCUGCUACGAGAAUGAGCUAGCCUUCCUAAGCCGCGAUGACGAGGAGGAGGAUGUAGGCGGUGGGAGCAGGGCACUGGCUAACCUCAGUCCCGACCGGAAUAGCCGACAUGAGUUUGAACGCUUACAAGCCACCAGGGCACUGGAUCAAAGGUCAUAUCGUAGAGAGUCGGAAAUAUGACCUCUACCCGGGGGUCACUUUCAAUAACUUUAUCCAAGAGUAAAAUGCAGAACAAUGCAAAGUGCCAUAGGAAAAGCUGACUACUGUGAAAGAUUGGAAAAGAAAUAAGACAACAGUAAAAGGGACUUUACUGGAAGGAAUGGGGGAAAACAAAAGUACACAGCUUAGAAAAGUGUGGUAAGGAAUGUCUACAACCAAGGAAAAGGCUAGAGAAAGACCUUCUUCCUUAAUGGAAACUUGAAUCUUUUUUCACAUGGUCAUUUUGAGUUGAGUGUUCAAUGAUAGUGCAUCAAGCUACUAUUAUGACAGAAUCUUAUAAUCAAAUCUUAGGUGUAAAUACAUUGCUUAGGUAAGUUACGUUUUGUGUGCAGUAUCAGUUUCCAAAAACACCUCUAAAAACUACAAGUUGCUAUUUCAACUUGUUCUUGGGCACAAAUAAUAGUGUUACAAGGCUUCUCUUAACCUCUACUCGCAUUGCUGUAAUUUGCUGGACCUGCGUCCAGUGACACAUUGAAAAUUCGUUCACAGCAGCAUCCAGAUGCAAUGAGCCAUGAUAAAACAUCUGACCUGUGAGCCACUGAGAACAACAUAAUACAACACCUUCAUUUAAGUCUUGGUGUGAUCCCAAAAUCUACCGACACAGGGAGAGAAGGCAAAAUGAAUUGCUCUAUGAAGAACAUAAAGGAAUAUGUUAAAUGGAAAUGUAUAGAGGAUUACCUACACUCUCUUACUGCCUCAUAUUUUGACCCUACCUUACAAACAUCCUAAAAGCCACCAACAUCAUGAUUUGGCUGCUCAGGCCAACACAUAUGACGUCAUGUACAAACUCUGCAAAGUAGUCAGGUAAAACAGCACAAAAGGUGGACGACUGACAUAAAUACACAUUAAUUAGUUCUAAUUUUUUCCCCAGAUUGCAAAGAUUGCAAAAUAGAAGCAUUUUUAACCCACAAAGAAAUGCACCUUGAGGUGUAUCCUUACUUCCACAACUUUUAGUCAUUAACUAACUAAAAUUAAGACUGUAACUCACUGGCAUAAAUUGCUCACCCUUAAUCUGUUUUUGUCCUCUUUAAAAAUGAAUCUAUGCAUAUUGUUAAAGGCAUCAGGGGAGAGAAAACAAAAACUAUUGAGGCAUGGUUGUGUAAUGACGCGUGUUCAAUCGAUGCCUAAUGCUAACAGAAAACACCUGAAAUUGAAAAGAAAUGCAUAUACUCAAUUUUCAAGAGUGGCUGUUAUUUUUUAACAAUUCAACAACAGUUACAUUAAAUUUGUUUAGUCAAAACAUCACAUAUUGCCAAACUGUUUAAAAUGUACACAGGAAGACUGUGAGAAGUAUUCCUGAUGUAUUUGUCUGGGCAGAGAGUACUCCUAUGGUCAAACUGAAUUUGCAAUGUAAGGUUUGGGUGUUUCUAACUGCGCAACAAGCAUCCAUUCCAAAUGCUAAAAGAACAAGUAUUGUAAGGGCAGAUGUGUCUACAACAGUUAUGCUAAGAAGGUUAGAAUAGUCCUAAUGCAUUAGCUAACUUGCACUAGCUGGCCCUACAUUUCUAUUCAUUUUACAUCAACAGUGGGUAAAUAUAACUGUUCCUAGCAGAGUUAAUCUCUGUUUCAAAUAUUACAAGGGUUAUUAGUAUGGUCAGGCAAAAAUACUAUUUAAAUAUCAUAUUGCAAAUUAAGUGUUUAAAGGGUAAGGCGAAUGUGUGCAAGCAAGUGUGGCAUACAACCUGUUGUCAUUUUCAUAUAUAUACGUAAGCAACAGUAAAACAAACAAAAAAAAUAGCUUCCUACUGUUUUUCACUUCUCAUUGAUUCCUCUGGCAUUUACAAACAUCACAUACUGUAGACAGCUCAAUGCAUUUUAGCAAUAUGCUAAUACAGUGCGUUAAGACACUGGACCAAGGUCCGAAUGGAAGCAAUAAACACUGAAGCACACCUUUCUGAAUGAAUUUUAAUAAGGAUAUUCUUAAUGAUUCUCUUGUAAUACACUGAACAUGCAUAUUUAUAGUUCUUGAGUCACAGAUAACAAGUGAGGGGCAUGGUGUGAGGUGAAUGACCUUACAUCUUUUUGUUUUUAUUGUAUGUGUAUGCAUAUGAUUUCUCAGAUUUGAUACCAAAGUAAUGGUGUGUAGCUACGACUUUGAAGUGGUUGUUCCCAAGGUAAUCUUCCAAAAACAGCUUUGCCUGAUCUUUAAAAAAGGAUAGUCAUAUUCCAAAUAGAUGUUUGAGUGUUGAGUUUGCAAACAGUCUCUUUACAGAUUUAAAUAAUUCAUAAAAUAAUGUCAUAUGCCAUCAGCCAAUUCCUGAACAAUCAAAUGUUAAAAACAAAUACACUGAAAAUUUAAGAUGUAGAAUCAAUCAUUUGUCGUAGUUUAAGAGACAAAAGUAAGAUGCAUGAUGUUUUUUUGUUUAGCAUGGACAGUAGUUUUCAAAGAUUAUCCCUUGUUUUAGAUAGCUUGUCAGAAUUUAUCAUUCAAACCUCAACAAUUUUACGUUGUGUCACAAAAAGUCCAGUUUAUCUAUUACCUCACUAAAAUGUGGAUGUUGUGUCCCUAUGGAACAAUUUAAGUUAGCUUAUACACAUAUGUAAAGAAAGAAAAAUUAAACACGAAAACAAAGUGAAGAACCAUGAAAUGGUUGUUAUUUUGGUCACAAUGACUAAUAUUUUCCUAAUAGUCAUUUAACAAUAGCAGUAUGCUUGACUCUAUGAUAUUUCUUGCUUAUAUGUUGCUUUUUUAGAAAAUAUUGGCUAUUAAGUGAAAUGUUCUUUAUCCUACCCUGAAUAAUUUAUUAUGCUCAUUGCCUUCUGGGAAGGUUCUAUACACUGAUGUGUGAAGCCUCUGCACCUACUCACGAAAUCUCAGUGGUUAAAAAAAGGUGUCACGCCGUAUCACUGAAAUGUAUAGUUCAGUCAUUUCUACUGAAUAAUUUUUUCGGAGCUUGUUUUAGCUUUGAUGUUGCCCACCUGAGCCCUUCAAAAAGAAACACACACAGAUGUUUUAGCUUAAUAUAAAGGUUUAUAGUGUAAAAAGCAUAGUAAUGUUGUAAAGAUUAUAAUAGGGAGCAGCCAGGCUGAACAAACCUGCUUAUUUUUAUACAAAGUUCUUUUUGAUAGAAUGCAGCAAUCAAUAUUUAUCUGUUUUUAUCAGAGUACUACAAUGAAAUUACUAUUGAGAGGCAAAAAUAUGAUUCUUGUCUCAGUUUUCAUUGAUAUAAUUUCUGUUGUUUCAUUUCAGCACAGAUGUUCAUUAUUAAACAGGUAUUUCUCUUAAAGGGAUGAUUGGAAAAAAAAACCUUUGACCUCUGUAGAAGUCUUCCUAUGUCCAGCAACAUGUCUACUGGGCUUUUGGUUUUAAUUCAGAUUCAUUGAAUUCAUUUAAAUUAUUCAAUUAAAAACUAACUGUGAAAAAAAAGAUUGUUUUUCAAUCUCUUUUGUUGACCAUGGUCUAGCAGUCCGGGCUCAUUUGAAAUGUAAAAUCCAAUACAACCCUGGACAUCCAACAGCGUAAUGAAUGGAUGAAGUAGUAGCUGAGGUAAUACAUCACAAUGAGGGGUGGUUUAAGAUGAGAGAUCAAGAUUCAUGUCACCAAAGUCAAAUGACUUCCUGGUCUUGGGCCAAUUAUUCAAGAAGGCUCAUCAAUUAAUCACUGCGACACACAAACAACAAGUGGGACCAGAGGCCUUUUGGCCUCGCUGCACUGGGCAAGAGGCUUGCAGCUGAGUUUGUCAAAUCAAUGUGGUAACAACACAGGAGAGAUCAUUAUUACCACUACUACUACUACCACCAGCUCAGCACUGAGAAAACCUUUGUUUUCAGGCAUUACAUUUCACUAUAGACCUUUUUUAAACUGAAGACAUUUUACUGUGUCACAGCAGGGAAAGUACAGGUUUAAAUAAUAAAAUGAAUGA